AUGGACUUAUAUUAACAUUCUUACACCCUCCCACCGAAACGAUUGUGCAAGGAGCCAAAGUUGGCUAUCUCAAUUUUGAAAAGGAAAUUCAUAGAACCAAUUUAAGACUUUGCUGGUGCUAGAAGAACUAGAACAAGCUUUUCGCCUUAAAGGAGAAUGAAACCGAUUUAAACUAGAUAAAAAUCUGCAAUACAAACAUUUAAUUUUGAAGUUGGAUAGAUAAUUGUCCCAAAAAGAAAUUCUAGAGUAACACGUUUCUAAGGUCCUAAUUUUCCAUUUAAUCUCAAUUACUUGAUAAAGUAAAUGAAUGCUUUAAAAUGA